CUUCCUCUCUCUCUCUCUCUCUCCUCUCCUCUCUCCACCCUGGUGAACCAUGAGCUCCUAUCAGUUCGUCAACUCUCUGGCGUCGUGUUACGCGGGCCAGCAGGCCCAGCAGCAGCCACGGGCCACCGCCAACUCGCCCGGGGAGCCGUUGCAGGCCGCCUCGCCCGCCGGUGGCGAUUAUUACAACCCGAACGCGGCGACGACCAUACCGGCCCCGUGCUACUCGCCCCAGCAACACUAUCCUCAGCACCCGUACGCGACACCCGCCUCGGGCAUGCAACACACCGCCCCCACGGGCAUGAUAGACUACACGCAGUUGCAGCCCCAGCCCCGGCUGAGCGCGGCCGCGACCACGCACAGCCUGCACCAACAGUCGCAGCAACAGCACCAUCCGCAACAACACCAUCCCCAGCAACAGCCGCAGCAGCAACAGCUACACCAGGACCCGACCACGCCGCUCCUCCAGGCAGCGUCGGCACCGUCCGCGCCCUCCGCCUCCAGCUGCAAGUACGCCGACUCCACGGGCUCGACAGGCGUCGCGUCGCCCCAAGAUCUGACCACGUCCACCUCGAGGAACAGUCCCACGCCGCUUGUCGCGGCCGGCACCAGCAAGGCGGUGAGCACCGCGGGCCUCACCUCGCCGCCGGGGGCCUCGUCGAGGUCCUCGGUCGCCGCGUCCGCCGCCGCCUCGCCCGCCAGCGGCAGCUCCAGGCCCCAGGAGGGUAGUUCCGCCCUGACCACGGCCUCCUCCGCCUCCUCGCCCGCCUCCUCGACCUCGAGCACCUCGAGCACCGGCAACAACUCGUCCAACAAGAACAAUCCAACGGGGAACGAGCCGCCCAAGAUUUACUCGUGGAUGAAGAGGGUGCACAUCGGGCAGAGCACGGUGAACGCGAACGGCGAGGUGAAGCGGCAAAGGACGUCGUACACCAGGUACCAGACGCUCGAGCUCGAGAAGGAGUUCCACUUCAACCGAUACCUGACCAGGCGGCGUCGCAUCGAGAUCGCGCACGCCCUCUGCCUGACGGAGCGGCAGAUCAAGAUCUGGUUCCAGAAUCGGCGGAUGAAGUGGAAAAAGGAGCACAAGAUGGCGAGCAUGAACAUUGUACCGUACCACAUGUCGCCUUACGGCCACCCUUACCAGUUCGCGCCCCACCCAGGCCAGUUCGCACACUUGGCCACAUAGGACGAGUUCUCGCCCGCCGAGCUCGGAGCACACGCUGUCCGGUUCCCCGGGAUGUACGGCGAGCAGAACUUCUAAAAAGGCUUUUCCCCCCCGCCCCUAACCGGCCUUGGCCAUCGUCACGAUUCGUAACAGGUCUCGGUGACUCAGGCCGGCCCGGGACACUUCGCUUCCAGUGGGACAC